AUGGACUCAUCCAAACGCAAACGGGCUCGGAAAGCAUGCCAGCCGUGCCAUGAACGUAAAAGGAAGUGUGAUGGGAGCGAGCCCUGCACCACCUGCACUGAAUGGGACUACGAGUGCUACUAUGAGGAUCGACCACAAGGGAAGUCUAGAGCAGUCAGACAACCAUCACCACGAUCUCAAACAGCGAAGUCCCCGCAGCAAUCUGUUCCUGGACCUAGUCCUGCGGAGUCUGAUCACUGUGGACUCGUUCGGCGCAUGGAGGCCAAUUCUGGGGCGGCGUUUGUAAGAAAGCUUGGUCUCAAGAUCGAUCCGGCAAAAGCACCCAAGCUUAAUCUUUUCGGCUGGAACAUCGGUGCAAGGCAGCUUUCCUCUCAACCAAGUACCGGUCCCGCACUGUCAUUAUUUGAAAUCACCUCGUGGGAUCACCUCAAAGCCUUGGCGCAGGUGUAUUUUGAGAAAGUGGAUCCAUGCUAUGGGUUCAUCGAACAGUCUCACUUUUUCGAGCGGCUCAAUGCACGCUGGCAGUCAUCUCCGGUCCCUGAAGUAUACGACAGCGUAAUAUGUGGGAUAGCGGCAAUCGGCUGUCUAUUUUCGCAACGAAGUGCCACGAUCACGGAGCUGCAUCUCAUUCGUACGGCUAAAUCAUGUCUGGAAAUGCACCAUCUCACCGGUCCUCCAUGUCUGGAUCUUCUUACAGGAUGGACACUUCGAUCAAUGUACCUUCGAAUGACAGAUUCUCCACAUUCAACGUGGAUGGCCAGUUCUACAUUGAUGCAUCUCAUUGAAGCGUCAGGCCUUCACCCAGAGAAACAAUAUGAUUCCGUUCUUCCACCCCCGCUUGAGUGUGAUCAACAUGCACGGCCUGACAUCCACAGAAGACUUGUCGGCGUGGCACAUCACUUGAAUGUGUGGAGCUCUUAUGAUCUUGGGCUUUCUCGGGUGUUGUUUCGCACAGACGAUUUGCCAUUGCCUCCUUCACCCAAGUUGGGUGAUUACACGGGCGAAGUUCUCGGUCUCUUACCGGUCUCAGUCCGCAUGGACCCAGGAAAGACAAAAGAUGAGACCGAUCUCGAGCCCACGCUUUUCAAACUUCUGGAAGGUAGCCAUUCUCAAUCUCCAUCAGUCAUGGCGCAGUGCAAUCUGGUGCUUUGUAUUCUUCGACGUAUCCACACUCAAAACCUCGACUUAUCUCCUAAGCUUGCAGAAAAGAUCUUGGCGCUACUGAAAAAGGCACUUGGCUGUGCAAGGAGCAUGGUCAUGGAUUGUUCACCAUGGCACCAGGUUGCCAAUGUACCCUUCCAAAUCAUCUGUGUCCUGCUUGUGAUGGAUACACGGUCAUCGCUUGCAAUGCUCCCAGAAGCAAUGCAGACACUCAACUUGGUUGCAUCUACCUACAACACAGAGACCAUGAGAGAGGCCUGCAGUGCAGCCUAUUUGCUGGUUCUGCUACAUCAGCAGCGCCGAAGGGAUGAUGUAGCCAUUUUCGGUGAGGCGCUCAACAACCAUCAGCAAGAACAACCAGUGGAUUUCUCUCAGCAGUUUAAUCCUAGUGCUGAAGAGUAUAACUGGCUCGGGGCAUUAGUUGCUGAUUUGCCUGGAUUACAACGAGUCGAUCUAGAUCAAUUUUUGAAUGCUGAUAUGAUGGAUGGUUCUUUCAUGGGAUCUGGUGGAAACUUCCCUACCGAAAGCCGCUGA